AAUUUGGUUUAUUUAUAAAUAUAUUUGAUCAAAACUUGGUUAAAUAAAAACUCCAAUUUAUAAAAAAAAGAUAAGAAAACUAAAAAGUACGCUGUAUUGGACUUGUACCACAUGCUUAAUUUUAUUAGUUUUUUGUUUUUUAAUCUUCAUUUUUGACUUCUUUUUGCAUUAAUAAUUGACUUUUUCUAGCGUAUUGCAAAUGUUGCUUAACCCAAGGUUACUUUGUCUUUUUUCCGUCAUUAUUAUCUGGGAGAUCCAGAGCACCUUUAUCUGCUCAUAUCUUAGAUAAACAUUAAUAUUGUUUUAUCCCAUGUUUUAUCGAAACAUCGAAAUCUGCUUGAGUAAACUACAUAAGUUUUGUUUUAGAAUUAUAAGUAGAAAGAGAGUUAUAAGGGCUUAAAACAAAGGAGAAUUUUUACAUAGCUGAACAAUAAAAGUUUCCGCGCUCCGGUUUCCCAGACUCGCGAUAGUAACCUAGAGUUAAAAAACAUGAGGGCAAAGAGCGGAAUAGUUUUUUAAUGCUACAAACGUGGAAAAACGCUCAAGCUUGGUCCAAGCUGAACACACAACAUCUAGAAGCAACGGGCGAGUGAAACUCGACGAGAUAAUUUACGAUUUGCGUUUCGUAGCGCGCGACCAACGUCUCACAUCGAGCAACAAAGAGCAAUAAUUCUCACGCGUUGGAGAGGAAAACACGACGCGGUAGAUUACGAACGCGAUCGAGCUCUCUCGCGAGUGUGUGGCGUGUCCUAAUCGACGCGAUCCUCGGCGACGUGUCCUCGCGGGAAGGAAUUCCCGCGCGAGGAAAAAAAGAAACCUCUCGUCACGUUCAGGAUUACUCGAAAGGCGAGAAGGAGAGCUCCGUCGAAAAAUCGAGAGUGAGAGAACAAACAUCGAGAUACGUAUAUGUCGCGUAAGAAAAAGAUGUAAUCGAUUUCUGAUAUAUAAAAUGAUGCGGACUCUUGCAUCACUAAAAAAGAGAAGACAAAAAGGAAGAGAGAAGGACGCGCUUGUCGCGAGGAGACGAUCACGCGCUGCUUAACGAUCAAACGGAUAAUGAAGAAAACUCUCGUGCUCGGUGCAAUUUCACGCAAUAAGAAGAUGGAGUCUAAACGCCCGGCCACGUUUCCCGCACGCAGUUACAUAUAUUAUAUAACAACGUAAUUGCGUGAGAAGCGUGCGAGCGGCGUGCUCCGGCGCGCGCGAGAUCGUCUCUCCAUUGAUGGCUCAUUUCCGGCGCCCUCCGUGCCGCGGCACGAAGCCGCGCUGAUCGUAAAUCACGUUUUUACGGCAACGCUCGCGAAAGGGCCACGAGCGCGGCGGGCCGAAUUGGCGGGCUUAACGUUGCCAUGUUUCGUUGAAUGAGUUAUUGUUGUUAUUAACGUUAGAGAGCACCCCCCGCGGCGGGCUGCAUCGCGCGUACUUUAUCCGUCGCUCACUACUUUACUCGUGUCAUCCCGUAAGCGAGGCGAAUAAUGCGUCUCCGUCGACGUUUGUUUUCCGCAUAAUUAACGGAACAAUUAGCAGAAUAAGCAUUUUGGUUUCCUCCGCUUUUGUUUUCUCACCGGUCCAUUCCGAUCCUUCUCGUUCCUCCGUUUCUACGGAAAGAAAAACGAAAAGGAUCUCGAACGAAAUUGUCCCUGAAUAUAUUUAUUUAUUAAAGAAUAAAUUUAGAAGUUAUAUUCUUAUACACAUGACGUAUCAAUUACGGCGAGACAGCUCGGAGAUUUCGCAAAGUUACGAGAGACGAUAAGAUUCGGGUCUUACGGGAUGACGUUCUUUUCUUUUCUUUUUUUUUUUUUUGAGCCGCAAUAAAGCUUCGAGCUUCACAAGCACCCGGAACGAUAAUCGAGCCCGAACGACAUGGAAGAGUCAAUCGUGGUGUUGGAGAUGAUAACUAAUAUGAAGGUUUCACCGACGACUCGACGAUUAAUUUUAAAUCUUUUGUAUGUUUAUAUGCAGUUAAAUGAUGUGUACAUAAAUUAUGUAAUUCAGUGUCGUAAAAUUUCAACCGAUUGUAAUACCUACACGUACCUCGUUAGCGGAAAGCAUGUGCUUCGAAUUAUCCUUGUAAUUUCGUAAGGUGAUUAAACGGACCUUUGAAGGAUCUUUAUUGCUCUUUAUUGUCGUCAAUUGCUCUGCCUAGACACCUGAGGGCAACUUCAACAAACUCCGAUUAACUUAAUUCAAAACCGACAGAGUUUUGCUUAAAGCAAAAUUUCCAACUAUAUAGUUUGUCAUCUUUAAUUUAAUCUUUUUGCUAAUAUUGCUAAUCUAAUUCUUCUUUCAUAUAACAAAAGAUAGAAAAUAAAUAAUCUACGUUAACGAAAUCGUACAGUGAAUACUUGAUAAUUUAAUCGACGAUUAACUCUAUCGGUGGAAUUACUGAAAGCAAAAUUUCUAUGUAUUUUAAUUUUUCCAAUUUUUUUAUAUAUGUAUUAAACAAUUAAAUAUUAAUAAUUUUAUUUACGUUAACAGAAUAAUAAAGAUAUUAUUUGAGAUUAAUCCAAUCGGAAGAAUUAAAACACAAUUUUUUAUUGGAUACUUUAUUAUACCUCUUUUAUAAAUCUUUUUUUUUACACGUUAAACAAUAAAAAAUAAUUAAUUUUUAUUUACAUUAAUAAAAUAAUAAAUAUAUUAUAAAUUAAUUAGUAAUUAAGUAAUCUGAUAGAAUUUUGCUUAAAACAAAAUUAUAUUCCUAUUCUUUUCCUCAUCUAAUUAUUUUUUUUAUAUUAAAUAACAAAAAAGAAUAACGUCAUUUAUAUUAAUAAAAUAAUAAAUAUCAAGCAGGAUAGAUUUAUUUAUAUCGAUUAAAUUUAAUCAAAGUUUCAAUUGAAGUUGCCCUAAAAUCAUGAAUCGUUCCCUUCCCGCAAUAUCUCUUUCUCAGCGACACGGUAAUACCGAAUACCAUUGCAUAUUUGUUCGGAGAUUUCAUCCAGUGAUUAAAGUGAAUUUCCGUACUUCCGCAAGUAAUAAUACGUAGUGUAAUCACCGCUGUGCAGCACGAAAUUCGAUUGAACGAAUUCGCAACGCUGCGCGCGCGGAGCAUGCGCCCGUUAAAGUCUCUUCGGAGAACAUGGUCGCCGAUUAUCGCGCAAUCGUUCUCGGGGCAGCGAACGGUACGUGUGACACCAUCUAGCAAUGACAUUCGCAACUUUUAGAGGAUCUCUUUGGUUUGUCGGCAAUGCAGGUCGCUGAUGUUACCAACAGCAACACACGCACGUUGCAGUUAGUUUCUCGAGUAGCCGCUGCCCAUUAGCGCCCGUCCAUUCAUCGUAUUUCCGUUACGAUGUCACUGGAUUUGGCGGUUAAAUUUUCAAAGACAGUAUGAUGGAUAACCUAUGACGAGAUCUGACAGAUAACUAUUUUCAAUUAGAGGAAAAAAAUUAUUUAUAAUGCUGAGCACCGUCGGAAUAACCACUAUUCAUGUUAGAAAACUCGGCCACUCUAUCGAUGAAAUACGACUGCGAGCUUUGGAUAAUAUAAUUUCCAAGUAUGAUCUAGGUUUCGUGUGCGACUGCGACGCUGUUAAAAAAGAGAUAAUUCAAAAAUUGUUUAACUGGUUUUCAUUCGAAACUGCACCACAUCCAGAGAAAGUGUUGAAUUUGUUAUUGCGAUUGUUAAAGGCAGAUGCAAGGAGUUACUUGAAUGCAUUUGGCAAAUUAAAGUUUCAAAACGAGCUUUAUGAAUUAAGGAGAAAGCUCUCUCCAGAAUGGUAUCCAAAAUUAGAUGAAAUCGAACAAGCUGUUUUGCAUAUGGAGAGGAGUCGGGAUGCCACAGUAUGUUCAGAUUUUGAUAGAAUACAAACACAAGAUUAUGUUAAAUACAAGAAUAAAGACUAUGAAAGAGAAGACUACGAUGACUUGAAUGGUAUUUUGAAUCCGACUAUGUUGGACAAUACUAUACCAUUUGAUGUAACAUUAGAGCGCGAGAAUAGCACACAAGUUUCUAAAACGAUAGAAGGUGGUAUUAAAUGGUUAGUAAUGCCAUGGCAACCGCUGGUUACAUCGGAUAGAGGAGUACUUAAAGCGGUUGAAGAAGCUCUGAAUAACACUGUCGAUAUUAAUCAUAUAUUACACACGUGUCAGUUUAUAACAAACGUUAUGAUGCAAGAUUUUCCAGCAGAGGUUUUUCUUCAGCGACCAGUAAUAAUUACGAUACUUCACCGACUUCUUAAAACGAGCAUUAGUAUGUCGGAAACUAAUGUCACAUGUGUAGUUCCAACUGUAUUAAAAACCUUACGUAAAUUAACGCGUUCUCUAAGAUUUCGAAUUUAUUAUUACUGUGAACCAUGUGUAGCGAAUAAAAAACAAAAGUUAUUGGGUAACAAAUUAGAUAGCAACGUUUACACAUCCUCAGAAGGAGGAGACGGUCCAGACAGUGGUGUCCCCGAAGCAAACUAUCAAGUAUAUCAAUCGGCAGGUACUAGCGAGAGAAGUCAGAGCAUCAGCGAAAAUGUCGACGAUUCUGUCUUGCAAUUGCAGCAGAUGCUUCUACCAGUUUACUCCAUAGAAUCUUUGAAACACGUUCUCACGCAGUUAAGCAUUCCCAUCGAUUCCUUAUUUCCUCUACAAAACAUCAAGUAUAUCACAGAUCUAACGCAUGAAUUAGUGCAAUUAUUAACAAUUUGCAUUAUGCCGAAUAUCUGGAUCUGUAAUGAUAGUACGGCGUUAAAGAUAAACAAGGAUUUGACAGCGUUAUUUAAUUUAAUGGGAGAAGUGAUGGAAUACUUUGGAAACUGUAGUAACGUAGAUCAUUUAAGAAUAACGUAUUUGUAUCUUACUACCAUUAUUAUGAGACUGUUGAGCAGUAUCGUGCCAUUAGAGUUGGCGGACGCUGUUAUACCAAACACUUUGAAGACAUCGAUAACAAGUGCCAUAAUGGACACACCAAUAUAUCUGUUAUAUCCAGCAUUGCAUACCAUACUUUUGGAAUAUGCUCGCCAAUUUCAAGAUACUAAUCAUACAACAUUGAUAAAACUAUUUGAUGAAACUAGAACUGUAGCGAAGUCCAUGCAAUCAGCUAUCUGUAUAUUAAAAAAUUUAUCGAAGCAAUCGCCUUCGGAAAUGUUGAAAAUGUUACAUGCGUCUAAACUGAGUCUAUCGUACCAUAAAAAUUUAACUGUCAUUAAAGUGGCUGUAAAAUUUUUACAAAAUAUCCCGGAAUAUUCUUUCAACGAUGAAGAUCGUGCACUAGCAACGAAACUGAUAUUGAAUUUAUUAGCAAAUACGGACAGAGACAUUCGAUAUAUCACAUAUGUUGAAUGUCAUGCUCUAGUUAAGAGUAUUCUGGGAAUAGAAUACAAUAAACUAUCAUGGGAAAGUUUAAUGUUCCUACUUGAACCAAAUGUCUUGACAGAAAUUAUUUCUCACGGCGCAACCAGCGAAGAUAGCAAGAUAAAUGAAAUGUCGCGAGACAUAUUGGUGUUUGUGCUAAAAGGAAAAAUACAAAUGGGCGAAAUUGGAUGGUUGAAGACUUUAGAAGCUCUCAUUCCUGUAUUGUACCUUUUACAAUGUCAUGCCGAUACUCAUACACCUUUAGGACAAUGUAUAACUAAAAUGUUUGACCCCGAUAUUUCGAAUAAUAUACAGUUACCUUUUCUUGAGGUAUUAAAGGGCAAUUUGAGAUUUCUCUAUUCACCAGAUAAUGAUAUCCGAGAGGAAGCUUUAUGUCGGCUAAUCUGGCUCCUUGGAAAGGAAAAAGAUUCCGUCCAGAAAUGGCCACGUUUGUCGUCUUUACACGGCUUGCCUCUUAGUUCACUCUGCAUAUUUGAACGUAAAAACUUUGUUAAGCGAUCAGAAGGCAAUUAUCAGAGGAGCAAUUUGUUAUCCGUGCUAGAAAUGUUAAACGAACCAAACGUUGAUCCGAAAAUUCGAAAAUCUGCAUUAGUACAAAUUAGCGUGAUGCUUUCCGACAGUUCUUUACAUAAAUUAUUCAUUAAUCAAAAUGGGUUGCCUUUGAUUUUGGAUAUUUUCAAUAAAGCUUUAAUAGAGAAGGAUUAUAUAAAUUAUCCAGAUUCUGUAAUACCAAUAAUCAGCAUACUAAAACUGCUUGCAUUUUUUGAAUGCACUCUACGACAUGAAUUAUCUCUUAAUAUUGAUGUCUUUUUUAAUAUCAUAAGAAGCCUUUUUUUGUUUCCAAACAAUGAGUGUGUGAAAUCCGAUGGCGCGCAACUAUUGUGCUUGCUACUCUAUAGCGAAUACAUCAUAAGAGUUAACGAAAAAGAUAUGGAGAACAAUAUUGCAUCACAUAUCUCGUUACCGUAUAUCGUUGUAACGAACAUGAAACUACCGUUCGUGUGCAGAUCUCAUUGGAAAAUGAGUAUACAUAGGCGAUCUAAUGUAUCAUUACUUCAUAGCAGCAAUCCAGUAGUCUUAACUUUCAUUAGACAAUAUUGGGCAUGGGAAUGGAAUGGCGGCAUAAAUAUGUUAUGGAAAUGCUUAGAUAACUUAAAGGAUUCCGAAAUUGCACAGAAAUUAAUGAUUCUUGAAAAAGAUCUUCUUUCUUUACGAUGCAGUUUUCCUCAAUAUUGUUGUCAACAGCAACUCUACAAUAUUCAAAAUUCUACUACACAUUAUAAUGUUAUAUCCGCGUUAGAUUAUCUCACAAUGUAUCUGAAAUUUUACAAAAUACUUCAACGUAAUGAAGAGAGAGAUAUCGAGUCACUACCUUGGGAACAAACGUUCGAACGAUUUUUAUUAUCGCAUCCCACGAGUAAAGAGGAUUGCGACUUAUUCGUGGACGUUCUAAUUUUUUUACAAUUAUAUUUAAAUGUUGUACAGAAAGGAAAAGGUUCGUGGAUCAGUAAAAUUAUGAAAAAUAUGACGAGAUCAUUAGCAGAUUUAUUUAAGAAUUUGGAAGUUGACAACCAAAAUGUACGUCAAUCUAUACUCAAAUUAGUGCGUACAUGCUCGGCGAUCGAAAAAAUGCAGAAAUCCAAUGAUGAACCUAAGAAUACGUGGAUUCGAUUUGUGGAGUUUGUUGUUUCAUCAUUGUGUUUUGGAGAUCAACAGCAUUUCUACAAUCUUGCAUAUCUCGAUUGGUUGCUAACGUGUUUGACGUAUCUGAUCGGACAAUGCGAAUGGAGAAAUCAUAAGAAUUUAUUAUUGUCCCUUUGUAAUACUCUUAUCGAGCCGAUUGUGUCUUUUCAUGGUGCUGGUACUGUCAGUUUUAUGGGUUUAUCAAUAACAAGAAACUCAAUAAUAUGCCUUAAUCACUUGUUGCAUCAAAUGCAAAUCAAUUUUAAUAAAAAUUCAUGGAUUGUAUUUUGGUGCGAAGAAGAUCGUUCAUUAAAUUGGCUGCCUAUGCUGUGGCAGAAUAGAGAUCCACUGGUUCGCGCUUCGGCUUUACAAUUAUUAGCAGGUCUGAUGAAUACUGUAUACACUGCAUCGCAACUCUUCAACGCAAUCGCCAUGACACCGAGUGAUCUAUGUCACACGUUACUUCAGUGCAUUACGAACAGGGACGAAUCUUGUUUAGUAAGAGAACAAGCGUGCAUCGCAUUUUGCAACAUGCUGAAAAAUUGUAACUCUAUGACUUUUCAAUGUGAUGAUUCUUUACCACCACAAGCUAUUCUGCUACACGUCGAACAACACAAUAUUUACCAUGAAAUCAGCGUUCUGUGUUCUAAUAUCUAUACAUUGACUACUUUAGAUGCGGAACAAUCAGAAUGCCAAGGAAAUGACAAAGCAACCAUGCAAAGUUUGCAGUCUAGUUGCAUUUCAUUGGUACCACGCACUGUAUCGCAUUUGUACAAUUGUCAAGAUGAUUUACAAUUAUUGUUUGGUCGGUUUUCGGAAAUAACAGAUGUGGACAACUCUAUAGAAUCAAUAGCGACGCCUUCACUUAUUACCACUGCUUGUAACUUAUUGAACAAUUUGAUAUUUAUUGGACAACACGAGGUGGUACGGCAAAUCUAUGAGUAUUCGAUUGACAAGUAUUUAUUUGGAUGUUUGACUGAGAUUCCAAAGGAUGUCAGAAGCAGAAAGAGUUUGAGUCAUUAUUCUGACACAUUAGAGAUGUACAUCAGCAUCUGCACAGUUUUAACAAAUUGCAUCACGCAUAGUAAUGAAUACGCGACUGUCGUACUUUUUUCCUCGGACUCACUUUAUACUUUAUUUUGUUUCUUAAAUAUUGAUUUAUAUCAAUCUGUUGAACCGCGUCUAAUAUAUUUGCGCAACAGACUCUGGACGGAGAUUUACAAUUUUGUAGCUGUACUUUCGUUAACAGAGGACCAGCACUUUGAGGCCAUCCAAAGCGCAUUAGAGUUAUGCGGGCCUGAAACUGUGCUGUGUUCUAUUUGUUUUGGGAUAAAGGACUCUACGACAGAUCUGCGAAUGAGUGCCAUUAGUUUCUUAGCUUUUCUAUUGUUUCUCGAGAUUCAGAAAGAGUCUCUAGGAAGAAGUGGUGCCUCUUUAUUAGAAAAUGUACUCGAUACUAAUAUUGCACACGUUUCUAUUGAAAGCAAGGAUAAUAAUUUACGAGAUAUUAUAUCGAACGUUAACAAAUUAUCGAUAAGAGAUGCGAACGCGCAUUCCAGAAAGUCUAACGAAAGCGAGGAUUUGAAUACAAAAGACAGCAAACUACCAAAUCAAGGACAGAUUACUGUCGGAGGUGAAUUAUGUGGACUAUUGUUACAUCUUUUCAUCGCUCAUAGUUACGCCAAGUCUAAAAAAAGCAAAAAACAAUCGGAGGACAAAGAUCUCAUUGUAGGUGCCCUAACUAAUCUACUGUGUGUGUCGAAGAAAGCGAAACAAACAGCACUACAGGGUAAUCUUCCUGAGACCGCGUUGAUGAUCUUAAAAGAAUUGUAUGUCAAGCUAAAUCUUCAACCGUUCGAGCUUUAUAAAAAACAAGCAGAAAAAAAGACUCAUCCUCUGCUGCACGACGUGAAUUGUAUUUUCAUACUCCUGAUGAAUUUUAUGUACGGAGAUUCACGUGUUAAGGAGACCCUAACGAAGGAAGGCUUGGCAGAUGUGGUACACAAGCUAUGGGCUUGGAUAGCGUUAAAUAAAACAGUGUCGACGUCUGCCUUAAAAUUAUUGGCGACAUUCACAACGAAAUGUAACGUUGGUAAGAUGAUCUUCUAUAACAUUCAAUUAUUAUUGACAAUCGAUAAAGACAUACAAUUUUUCUACAUUAUACGCUAUCUUUUUAAAUUAAUUGCAGCCUCACAAUCUUUAACAUUAACUACGAUAUUACCAGGAAGUGGAUUAAGGAAAACGCCAAAUACCCUCGCAUUGAUACACGUUGUUAUACAAGUAACAUGCAAAGAAAUCGAAAAAGCCGGUCAAAUUUUUGAUAAUCACAAAAUGCACUUUGCUUUCCAUAUCUUGAGAAAUGCAGUGCACGUUCAUGAAUGUAGAGUCUGCAUUGCAAAAAGUAAUCUUCUUCAACUUUUUACCAAGAUACAUCCCACUAUCACCAAAAGGAUGAAACCAUGGCCAUUGGUGGAAAUGUAUUGUCUAGAGUUUUUAAUAGAUUUUACUUACUACGAGGAAGGGCAGUUAUGUGUGCCAAAGGCCACUGAUGCUCUGGAUGUUUUAAUGUAUCUAGCAAAAUGUUCCUCGUCGUCGAACAAAAUUCUUGCGAUAUCGAUAUUACGCAAUUUAGCAUUCAAUAUAGCAAACAGACCUCGACUUCUGAGUUCAGUGGACUUCAUAAAUCUUCUGCACGAUAUUUUUAAGAGUGGAUCGCCAUGCGAGAUCAAUCUAGCUGGAUCCAUGCUUUGGUCUUUAAUCAGCAACAAUCAAAAAGGAAAACUUAUCGCACGAAGCGCCGGGUUCUCUCAGAGCAUUCGGGAAGCUCUUGGCAGAUUUACGUUAUCGAGUACCGAUGCCAAUAAGCAGGAACAGGAACUAGUCACAGUUCUGCAAUACGUGCUCACCAUUCUUAGUCCAAUCGAAGUGAAGAAUGGUGGUGCGCAACUUAGUUGACACCUUGAUGAACCAAAUGUUGUAUAUACUUAUUCCUAAUCAACAUUAACUUGUAAAAUAAAAUUCGAUGAUUGUUAUAUUUUUAUAUAUGAAAUAUAUUUGUAUAGUUAUACUGGAGUAUGCAUUUUAGAAAAGUGCUACAACUUAAUACAAAUUGUCAAUACAAAUAUACACACUUUUUUAACAAGUGUUUAUAGUCACAUAA